AAUGCAACGGAGCAAGAGCGAAUCCAGCAGGCAGCUCUUGACGCUGCCCGCGAGUGCGGUGCAAGCAUAGAAGAGUCGCCUGGCAGCGAGAGCAGUAGAAGCAGGAGCAGGAGCUGGAGCAGAGGACGGUCGGGAUUCAAAUGUCGUCGUCGAGCAACGGCGGCAUCAAUAGUGCCACAAAUGGCCGCAGUGGCAGCACUGGCAGCGCCAAUAUAAGCCUCAAUCUGAAGGCCAAAUCGGGAACAACAACAACAACAAACACGACAACGACACACAAGACUUUGCCGGAUCUGAAGACGCAACGGAGCAACAGCAGCACCUUGGCCACACAUCGACGCGACAGCUCGCAUGUGGAGAAGUCCCUGCUGCCGGAGCGGCCGCUCAGCUAUGGGCCGCCGCAGCAGAGCAAGGCUGUCGGGCUGAGCAGGGAGCCCAGGGAGGGGCAUCUGGUUCUACUGUGAGGUAAGCUGCAUUCGGGCACGCUGCAGUCCCUCAUCAUGCACAUGGUGCCCACGCAUGACUACUAUCCGGAGCACGGUUAUCUAUUUGCGUUGCUAAGCGGACGCUUGUUCAUACGGCCAUACGAGCUGCUCGCGCAGAUCUCUAGCAACUGGGAGCAGCAGCAGCAGCAGCAGCAACAGCAGGCAGCUGGCGGCGGCUGCGAUGUGGUCGAUGAUGCAGUGGCUCAGCCGCCGGCGCUAUCUCUGCACUUGAACUCCGCCUCGCCGCUGACACAGCGCAAGGGCACAGCGGCUGGCGGCCAGGAACUGGAACUGGAGCCGAAGCCGCAGCAGCGCACAUUGACGCAACGUUCGGCGCAGCAUUGCAUACGUUUGCUGUCCGAGUGGAUUGAGAUCUUUCCAUAUGACUUUCGGGAUGAGCGCCUUAUGCAGCAGGUUCGCAUACUGGCCAGAAAGUGUGUCUACAUCGACAACUCGCUGGGCAAGCAGGUGUCGCGCAUAUUGCAGCUGCUCGUCGCACGCCUGAAGGCUCUGGAGCAGUACGAGGAGUUUCUGCAGACACUCAGCAAUGAGGCCAUCGAGCAACAGACCCAAUGCCAGCAGCAGCAGCAGCAGCAACAACUACAUCAUCAUCAUCAUCAGCAUCAUCUGCAUUUGCAUAAUCCGUUUCAAACGUUUCUGGGCAGCUCCCAUGUUUCGGCGAGUGGCCACACAACAACGAAUGGAACUGCGACGAGCGGCGGCUCCGCGAGCAGCGGCAAUUCCACAAAUAGUGGCAGCAACUCCGCCUCGAGCACACCACAGCCAGAUGAGGUAUUUGGCAUUAUGGACCUUUGUCCCAGCUGCGAGCAUUUGGCCCAUCAGCUAACGGCCAUCGAACUGGAGCGUCUGUCGCAUAUUGGACCCGAGGAGUUUGUGCAGGCCUUUGCCAAGGAUUAUCAGCAGGCCAAAUGCGCAUCAGCCACAGGCAACGCGCCCGUCGAUGCGACUGCGGCCGCGGGUGCGGUAAGCGGCUCCUUGAACGAUAUGAAGAAGACACGCAAUUUGGAAUCGUAUGUGCAGUGGUUCAAUCGCCUCAGCUACUUGACGGCCAGCGAAAUUGUUAAGUAUCCGAAGAAGAAGCAGCGUGUACGCAUUAUCGAAUAUUGGAUCGAGACGGCACGGGAAUGCUUCAACAUUGGCAAUUUCAACAGUCUGAUGGCCAUAAUAGCUGGUCUGAAUCUAGCUCCCAUUGGCAGACUUAAAAAGACGUGGUCUAAAGUGCAAUCGGCUAAAUUCUCUGUGCUGGAACAUCAAAUGGAUCCAACAUCGAAUUUUAAUAGUUAUCGCUCGACGCUUAAAGCUGCCAUGUGGCGCUCCGAGGGCGCUACAGAGGAACGCGAACGCAUAAUCAUUCCAUUUUUUAGUUUAUUUGUUAAGGUAUAUUUUCUGAACGAAGGCUGCUCGAAUCGUUUGCCAAACAAUCAUAUCAACUUUGAGAAAUGCUCACAACUCGCCAAACAAGUCAUGGAAUUCAAUGAAUGGAAGAAGGUCACUUGUCCAUUUGAGAAAUUGCCGAAUGUAAUUGCCUACCUGCAGCAUAGUGCGGUGCUCAAUGAGAACACACUCUCGAUUGCAUCCUUUGAGUGUGAACCGCCCGAGAAUACCGAGGAGAAGGAUCGCUAUAAAACUGUGAAAGCCGAAACGAAGCAACAAUUGAUGCAGCAAUUGCAAGAACAACAACAACAACAUCAGUAAUAGUUGACUCUUAAGCUAUUUAGUAUACAUACUAAUUUAAGUUACGCUUAAGCGCUUGCCAUGUUUAUUUUUUUAUAAACUUAAGUUUUACAUAAGUCGAUUAUACAUUUUAAGCCGGGUUGAGAAUUGUUUAGGCUAAGCUCAGCAAUUAGUUCAGACAAGACGCAUGCGCUGCAACUUCUAAGCUGCAAAUGACUUCAAAAGCCAUUUACUGCAUCCUUGAAAGCCUUUAUCUGUAUAUUUUCUUUUUUUUAAUUAAGCCCAUUCUAAACAUCCAUUUGAAAGCGACAUUUUCAUGGAGCCUA